UAACAUUUUUGCCUCAAUUUGGGAGUGAGCUGAGAGAUAUCAGGUCGAUUUCAACCAAUCACAGUUUGAUUCCAGUCUGUCUUGUUUUAAAAGUGACCAAUCACAUCACAUGCAAGACUUCUAAAGAGGAUUUUCACACAUCCAUUGCUUCAGACAUGAUCUUUUGGGUCAUUUUGAUGUGUUGGGCACCUGGAGUCCAGUCUAAUCACAGUGCUGAAAUUGUCUCAUUACAAACAUUUCAGCUGGGAGAUGAUGUUAUCAUCAAAUGCUUCUCGUCUAAAAAUAGCGUUGGCAACACAUUGGUUUGGUAUAAACAAAGCACUGGACAGAUCCCAAGGGUAAUCACAAUAUCAUACAAUCAACUGGAUAAAGUCAAGUUUGUAGAUGAAUUUAAAGAUGGGAGAUUCAGUAUUUUAUCCACUGAAGACUAUUUUCACCUCAAGAUCACAGCAACCACCAAGCAGGACACUGGAAUAUACUACUGCGGGACGGUGUUCUUAAAUUUACUACGAUUUAUCUCUGGAGCACAUCUGAUGCUACAAGGAACUGAGUAUCAAGACGUCAACAUGGCAUGUGGGAAUAUACCAGAUGGAACCACUGUUAAAGAUGCUGACAUCAAAUUUCAAAAGGAAUGGUUACUUUGCUUGAUAUUCUCCAAUGUUGUUUUUGUGCUGGUAACUAUCAUAAUUCUUGCUAAUCGCUGCAUACACUGGAGAAAAAGGCUCAGCGGAUCUGAAAAUGUAGCAUCUCCAUCAUGUGAGAUUAGAGAUUCAGAUGUGAAUUAUGCAGCUGUGAGUUUUGCCUCUGCUCCUUUGACAAGAAGAUCAAACGACAGACAAAUGGCUGAAUACAGUGAAGUGAAUUUAAAGUCAAGAGAUUACAUGAUUUAACAAAGCUAUAAACUUUUUACAAAAAAGGAAAACAUAUCAGACUUGACUUUUUUAAUGUAGAGAUUAUAGAGUUCAUCUUGCCUCACAAAGGUAGAAUGUGAUCUUCACUUUUGUGUGUUCCACUGUAUAAAUAUAUUUAGUGCUUAAAGAUAAGUUACGUGUUUGUAAAAGGUAGAAUCUGCUGAAACAAGCACACUUUAUUGAGGAUAUAAUGUUGACUGUGAACUGUUACUGCUUCAUGACAAAAAUGUUUCAGGUUACAUUAUCCAUAAUGAUUUAUCAGUAUUAUAAAUUUGGUUGCCAAAUUCAAAAAUGAGUGAAAUGUGAAUUAUUUGUCUUGUAACUUAAAAUAGCCAUCAAUGCAUUUCUGUUUGUAUAUUGGAUUCUAAUGUUGUCUGCUGCUUUCCUACCCUGUAAAAAAAAAAAAAAAUUACAGUUUAUUUCCAGCAGCUGGGGUGCCGAAAAAAAACUUAAAAUAACAGCUGUUAAAUUACAGAAUUGUACUGUAAAACAACAGCUGUUAAAUUACAGAAUUGUACUGUAAAAUAACAGCUGUUAAAUUACAGAAUUGUACUGUAAAACAACAGCUGUUAAAUUACAGAAUUGUACUGUAAAACAACAGCUGUUAAAUUACAGAAUUGUACCGUAAAAUAAUGGCUGUUAAAUUACAGAAAUUUACCAUAAAAUAACUGACAUUAAAUUACAGAAAUUUCCUUACAUUUAAAUUUCUGGUAAAUUUAUGUAAUUCAACCUCUGUUAUUUUAC